AUGGAUUCCUCCUCGUCAUCCUCUGCGGCGGGCUUGGGCUCCAUGGAUCCCCAGCUGCAGCAUUUCAUCGAGGUGGAGACGCAGAAGCAGCGCUUCCAGCAGCUGGUGCACCAGAUUAUGGAACUUUGCUGGGAGAAGUGUAUGGACAAGCCUGGGCCAAAAUUGGACAGUCGGGCUGAGGCCUAUUUUGUAAACUGCAUUGAGCGCUUCAUUGAUACAAGCCAAUUCAUCUUGAAUCGACUGGAACAGACCCAGAAAUACAAACCAGUCUUCUCAGAGAGCCUUUCUGACUGAUCUCAGCAUUACCUCUUUGGAAAAGUAGCUCAAGAAAUGAAAGGCUGUUGAUGGAAGGUUGAAGAAAUGGCUAUGGGGGAAUGGUUCCCAACUCUUGUCAU